CGGCCACGACCUCUACUGGGCAAUGCAGCAUAUUGCCUGUGGUUAUUGCUCAGUAUCGUCUGUCCAAUCAGGAGCCUGGAGGCUGGAUCAUGUGACCUGGUUGCGGUAUACGGGAGGGAUUGAACGGCAACAACAUGGAGGGGCCUCCGUUCAGCUUCACACCCGAGCGGCACUGGACGGCGGAGAAAGAGAAGGAUCUCAUUGAGUUUUUCUCCAAGCACAGCUGCUUGUGGAACCACAAAUCCGAGAGCUACAAGAACCGCCAGCUCCGAUGGGAAACCCUGGAACGUCUGCGGGCCCUUCUGUCCGCGGCGCCGCCUCCCGCUCCGUUCACAGUGGACGACAUCAAGAACAAGUUCAAGAACCUGCGCACCACCUUUCAGCGGCAGUACAAAAUGGUGAAGGCCAGCGAGGCGGGCCGGUCCGACGACGCCUUCGCGCCGCAGUGGAAGCACUACGAGCAGCUGAUGUUCCUGCAGGGCUGCUGGGACCCGGACGGCGGCCCGGAAGAACGUCCGACCUCGCCGCGGAAGGAGGGCCGGACCGCCGGCUCCUCCCUUCCGCUGAUCGACCCCCGCCUCCCCGACGUGCCCACCUGCUCCUCGGCCUCCUGCGUGCCCCCCAGCGCGCCGGGGAAGUGCUUGUGGACUGAGGAGAGAGAGCGCGCACUGAUCGCUUUCUACUCUGAGCACCACUGCCUCUGGAAGAAGAGGUCCGAAAACCACAGCAACCGCCUGCUGCGGCUGCGGCUGCUGGAGGCUGUGAGGAGCCGGCUGUCCGACGACUCGGCGCCGUUCUCAAUUGAAGACGUGAAGUUCAAGUUUAAAAACCUCCGGACCAUUUUCAACCGGGAGUUCAAGGCGGUGCAGGCCAGCAGGGGGGCCGACAAGCUCCACCUGUCCAAAUGGAAACACUACCAGCAGCUGCUCUUCCUCUGCGAGUCCUGCGACGAAGACGAGGGCCCAGACGACGUGAAGGUACCGCCGCCCCGGGUAGACCAGGCCCUGGAUCUCAAAAACCACCCGCCCCCCUCCGCCCAGAUCAAGUUCAGGGACCCCGGCGGCAUCGAAGCCAACGGCGGCGCCGCCUACCAAGACUUCCUCCUCGCGUCUCCGGGUGACCUCAAGCAAGCGGACCCAGCGGCCGGCGCCACGUCCGGCGCCCCCCCGUCCUCUCCCCAGCAGGACGCCCAACCCGGUACCAGCCCCUGGCCCCUUCGCCCCCCCGGUUCGGUUCAGGCCGGCGGCAAGCGGAGCACCGACCCCCGCUGCCACUGGAGCGAGGCCAAAGUCCAGCGGCUCAUAUCGUUUUACUCCGAGCACAGCUGUCUGUGGAACCACAGGUCGGAGAACUACAAGAACCGGCUUUUGAGACAGAGCCAGUUGGAGGCGCUGAGCAGCAUGCUGUCCGACGACGGGUCGCCUCCCUUCUCAGCGGAGGACAUAAAGACGAAGUUCCGUAACCUGCGGACCAUCUUCCAGCGGGAGCACAAGGCGCUGAGCGGCUCGCAGGACCCCCACCUCCCCAAGUGGAAACACUACCGCCAGCUGGUGUUCCUCUGCGAGCGGCCCGAAGACCCCCACGCAGCGCCGGGCCUGGAACCCCCUCCCCCGCCCACCCCCCCGGCCUCCCAGCACUCCCCUCCCCCGUCCCCGUCCCCCGCCGACAGCCGAGUGUCGGGAGGACGCAAGCGGCCCUGCGGCGAGGUGCUGGACGCGGCGAGGACGCUGGGUCAGGCGCCGGCGCCGCACGCGGGCUUCCUGAAGUACGUGGAGGAGUGUCUCAACGAGACGCCGGCGGACAGAGUGAAGAAGCUGAAGAAGAUGAUCAUCGAGACGAUCCACAGCGCGUCGGAGGAGGCUUAGUGUGUCAACACCUGGUGUCUCCCACGGCCCACGAGGGUGCAGCUGAGGGUCAACACGCGUGAAGAGGUUCAGUUUGAGACAUGAUGAGGUUGUUUCCAAAGUCAGAACACACAGCUACACGUUUUAUUUCAGCCCUUGAUCGCAGAUUUACAGAGACAUUCUCCAUCGUUAACACGUUUUACAGAGAGACGGCAUCAGAAUGACAUCUUCUGUGUCUCAGUGGACCUGAUAAACUGCAUUUACGCCUCCGUCGUCAUCGCUUCAUCUUAGAACUUGCAGUACCAGUCAAAAGUGUGGACACGUUGUCUCUCAAUUCAAUGUGAGUACUUCUUCCAUUGGUUCUAUAGCGUCGGCACCUCAGCCACGUUCAAACAGAACCGAGGUCCCGCGUCAGGAUCCACAUUCAGCCCACAGAACAACACCAACAAUCCUAAUUAGCCUGGCGCUACGUACGCUUAGCAUGUGUGCGUCAGCGUCUCCGCCGGAGCGCAUCGCCCUCUGACGGAGCAGAGGGUUGGACUAGUGGACACUUUGACCCAGGGGGACGGUUGGUCUCACGAGCUGCACCCGCUGGUGGCACCACCUUUCCCUGCACCGCCCGGCUGUGUGUCUCUGAGCGUCUCCGCUGGGAGGGACGCUGUCUUUGAUUAACUGGACCUGUGAACAUCUCAGCUUCGUUCCACGUCCCUAACGGAUGUUUGUUUGUCAUGUGACAGUUUAUAUUUCUACAAUAUGAAGGGCUGCAUUCGCCAUAACAUGUUAAGAAUUCUGUAACGUGUGCAGGUUUAUUACUAUUAUCUCAUUGUCGGCUGCUUGUGCAGCUGUAUAAAAUGUGUUAAGGGCUUUCAAGUACUUGUAUUUUAAAAAACAUUUAAAUGUUUAAAAAUAAUAUGUUACAAAACAAGGUUUUUGUUCAAUUAAAAUCUUUGAAUUAAUA